CUUAUGUUGUAUAAUUGUAUACAAGUCAGAAAAUUGGGAUGAAUCAGAAAAAAUAGCACCAGGAAGCGGUUGAGUUUCUAGAGAAUGGAAAAGGAUGCGAAGAUGGUGAAUGAAGAGCACGAGAAGGUUUGCAAGAAAUGCAAGCUUGCGUUCACUUCCCGCUCCAACACCUCUUCUUCCUGCCGAUUUCAUCCUUCCUUUUUCGUCUGCCGCCGUCACGAUGAUCAGAAGAGGUACUACGAGUUAGGACCAAAUGACCCUCCUUAUGCAGCCAAGUUUUAUGACUGCUGUGGUGCUGAAGAUCCUGAGGCACGUGGCUGUGCUGUGGACUUCCAUAUUUCAUAUGACGAUGAUUAAAGAGGUGGAGUUUUGGUCUGGUCGUCUUCACUGCGGCGAGUUAUAGAAAUGUACUGUAAAAGAAAUGGCAUGUUGUACUUCCAUAUUUCACAUGUUGAUGAUAAUUACCAUUAUUUUGUCCCAAAAAGCCCCAUUUGAAUAAAUAAACAGAACUAAUUUUCAUAUCCCCCCCCCUUUCCUGUAAAAAAACUGCAAUCUCAACAUCUUUUUUUCAUAAAAGGGUUAGAUUUUG